UGCAAGUCGAAACAAUGCAAAAGCAGCACCAGCAGCAGCAGCAGCAUCAUCAGCAUCAGCAGCUGGAGCAGUAAAUCUACUCAAGCGCCCCGAAUCCCUGCCAGCAUUUGGUAAAUAUGGCACAGCAGCAGCACAGCUGGGAUGGCGGCGAUGCGUCCUCUAACUAUGGCACACAUGCACACCCACACACACAGACAAACGCCCACACGCACAGCCAUGGCGGACACAAGACGCCAGCUCGAGCUGCUAGCAAUCCGUUGCCCUACAAAGGCGCCACGCCCAAGUCGCCCAGAAGCUACUUUGCGGCGCCGCCCUCUGUCUAUGCCACGCCCACUCAGUCGAGCAGCAGCUACGGCUAUGGCAACUAUGAUCAACCGCCACGCAGCCCGAAAAUAACAACAACCUAUGCUAAUGACAGCUGUGAUGAGGCAAGCAUCUCCACGCCCUCGUCCUACUAUCAGACGCCGCCGUCGGGCUCCAUUGACGAUUCCGUCUCGCUGCUGACCCACAGCCCCAAGUCUCCAUGUAAAUUCGUCUUCGAUGCUGUCAGCCCAGCUGGCUGCAUGGACCAGGCAGCGCUUGGCAAGAAAUUUGAGUACUAUGAGCCCAUCUCCCCGGAUGAUGGUUCACUCUACUAUGAGCCGCCGAGUUCUCCAAGGCGUCAGGGCUCAAAGAAGCUAAUUCGUGGGCACGCGACGCAGCUGGAGCAGGUGCCGCAACUAACCACAACAGGUGUGGCAGGCAAGCGACGGCGGGACGAGUGGGAACUGCCCAUCAUAACGAAGAUCGAUGCGCGUUCUCUAAAUGCAACGGCAGCAGCAGCUGCAUCAGCUGCAGGAACAGGUGCUGGAUCAUCGUGCGGCUACUCCACUCCUGGCUACUACGGCCUGAAGCGCGACUCCUGUGUCACGGAGUGCACACAGCUGUCCAUGGAGUCGGGCGAGACGCCAACCCAGCAUACAACCACCACCACGACGAGCUUCAGCUACACGGACACGGAUGCAGGCCAACCGCAGCAGCAGCAGCAGCGACAGCGUCGGCAUGCCAUCAACAUCACCUCGAAUCCAGGCUACCAAGUGCUCCACAGCUCUCAUUCCACCUUGGAUCGCACCUGCUCGGAUAGCGUUGUGUCGCUACGCUAUCGCAAAUCGACAAGCGACUUAACCCAGGACGCCGAGCACGAACUAAGCGGCUGUAAGCCAGCAAAGCCAAAGCGAGAUGCGGUCGAGUACAAGCCAAGGCGCAGGGGCAGCUCCAAGGGUGGCCUCGCCUACUUGGCCAGUCGACGUAGCUCGCGAGAGUCCAUGAAGAGCGCCUGCUCGAAUGCUUCCAUCUUCUCUAACGAUGACAUCGGUCCGUUGGCCUUCCAGAGCUCCAAUCGUGGACGACAGCGACGUACUUCCAACUUCUUAGAACUUCCAGUUCCCGAUCACAUACGCCCACGCGUCUGUUCGCUGCCGGAGCGUCCAUAUAAUCCACGGGCCAGCGAUGAUCUCUAUCGCCUGCGCCACUUCUCUAUCAGCAAAGGCAACGUGGUCAACUGUGGAGACUCGAUCAUAUCUCGCCGAUCGCGCAGCAACACGAGCGUCAAUUCGACGAAUAGUCGAGCCAGUGAACGAUCGCCCUUCGAGGGCAGCUGCUGUGGUGCGGGCUAUGCGAAUGUGGACUCGCUGCCCGCCUCCCCCGAUGAUUCGGAGAACAUGGAUCCACCUCCACCGGCUCGCUAUCGAGUCGUAAUGCUAGGCGAUGCGGGCGUGGGCAAGACGGCGCUGGUCAAUCAAUUCAUGACAUCGGAGUACAUGCACACCUACGAUGCAAGUCUGGUUUUAGACGAUGAGUUCGGCGAGAAGACGGUCAGCGUGCUGCUCGACGACGAAGAAUCCGACAUGGUAUUCAUCGAUCAUCCCAGUGUUGAGAUGAGCGUCGAGAACUCACUAUCCACCUACGAGCCGCAUGGCUGUGUUGUCGUCUUCUCUGUGGUGGACAAAGGCUCCUUCCGCAUCGCCGAGGAGAUUAUCAACUAUUUGUGGCAAGAGAAUUACACCAAGGACAAAGCAGUCAUACUUGUGGGCAAUAAGGCGGACUUGGCGCGCGCAAGGCUCAUCACGUCACAGGAGGGCAAAACGCUGGCUGCCUCACGCGAUGCCAAAUUUAUUGAGACGUCCAGCGGCAUACAGCACAAUGUCGAUGAGCUGCUCGUCGGGAUACUCAAGCAGAUGCGGCUGAAGGAGACGCGCGAGAAGAAAGCUACCUCGUCGAAGAUGAAAACCUCGCGCACUCACAUUUCGCUGCAUCUGGCCAAGGAAAUACUGCAAAAAAUUUGCCUUAGCGAUAUUUCCAAAUCCAAGAGCUGUGAAAAUCUUCACGUGCUGUAAAAACAAUGCUAAAAUGGAGCAAGCAAAACAAUGAAAAUUUCCCCCAAAGCAGGCAAAGCAGAAAUCAAUAUCCAAAACAGAAGAAGAACGCAAAAAUAAGUAAAAAAACAAAAUACAGAAACAAAAACAACCAGAGCUAAACAAAGAUUAUUUUGCUAGCAUUUUAAAGCCAUAUAAAACCCAUAUA